GGUGGUUUUAGGGGGGGGCUCGACGUUUUUGCCUGCCUGCAGUGCGCGCGCGCUCGCUCGUUCACAUCUGUCUCAAAAUGGCGGAGAGGCCGCAAGUUAGGCUAGGCUAGCUGCUCUCGAAAGAUUUUUUCCACAUUUGCGGAAGUGUAAACGUUGUGGCAGCAAAGUGAUGGCCGCUAUCAGCACUGACUGCUGAGAAAGCGUUUGUGCUCCACUUCCUGUGUUCUUAACGGGACUCGUUCUCUACUUCCUGUCUCUGAGUGGUGACUCCCACUACUGCUGUUUAUUUGAUCACACCCGACCUACCUAAGCUCCCUGACUGGGAGAGAGACUCGCCAACAUGGUGCUGUCCCAGAGACAACGAGAAGAACUAAACCGUGCCAUCGCCGACUAUCUUCGCUCCAAUGGCUAUGACGGCGCGUACUCCACCUUCAAGAAGGAGGCAGACUUCAACUUGAAUGAAGAUGCGGACAAAAAGUAUGCAGGCCUCCUGGAAAAAAAAUGGACAUCCGUCAUCAGAUUACAGAAGAAGGUAAUGGAGUUGGAGUCCAAGCUGAAUGAGGCCAAGGAAGAGAUUACCCAUGGAGUUCCGGUGGCUCAGAAGAGAGACCCCAAGGAGUGGAUCCCUCGCCCCCCAGAGAGAUACGCCCUUAGUGGGCACCGCGCCCCCGUCACCAGGGUUAUCUUCCAUCCCGUCUUCUCCGUCAUGGUCACGUCCUCCGAGGACGCCACCAUUAAGGUGUGGGACUAUGAGGCGGGCGAUUUUGAGCGGACCCUGAAGGGCCACACAGACUCUGUUCAGGACAUCUCCUUUGACCAGUCCGGCAAGCUGCUGGCUUCGUGUUCCGCCGACAUGAGCAUCAAACUUUGGGACUUCCAGGCUUUUGAGUGCAUCAGGACCAUGCACGGCCACGACCACAAUGUCUCGUCGGUCGCUAUCAUGCCCAACGCUGACCACAUUGUGUCGGCGUCCAGAGACAAGACCAUCAAGAUGUGGGAGGUGGCCACCGGAUACUGCGUGAAGACGUUCACAGGCCAUCGAGAAUGGGUUCGAAUGGUGCGCCCCAACCAGGACGGCUCGCUGAUCGCCAGCUGCUCCAACGACCAGACGGUGCGCGUGUGGGCCGUGUCAUCCAAAGAGUGCAAAGCGGAAUUGAGAGAGCACGAACACGUGGUGGAGUGUGUCGCCUGGGCCCCUGACAGCGCUCACCCCACCAUCUUGGAGGCAACAGGAUCAGAGAAUAAGAAGAGCGGCAAGGUAGGACCGUUCCUCCUCUCUGGAUCCAGAGACAAAACCAUCAAGAUGUGGGAUGUCAGCAUCGGGAUUUGCAUAAUGACUUUGGUGGGUCACGACAACUGGGUUCGUGGCGUGCUAGUGCACCCCGGCGGUGGCUUCAUCCUGAGCUGUGCCGACGACAAGACUUUGCGCGUUUGGGACUACAAGAACAAACGUUGUACCAAGACGCUCAGCGCUCACGAGCACUUUGUCACCUCUCUGGAUUUCCACAAGACUGCCCCUUACGUGGUGACGGGCAGCGUGGACCAGACAGUCAAAGUGUGGCAGUGUCGCUGAGUCCGCUUCAGACCCUUCACACCUCCUUCCUAUUACCCCCACCUCCCCAUUAACCGCCCUAAGAUGACUAUUGUCCUUUUUAUGUAAAUUAUUGCAUACCCGCGUCCUCCGAUGAACACACAGCAGCACAGUGGAAGCUCAUGCUCGUCCUUGCAUGGCCAAUCACUUCUUGGCGUAGGCCAUGCCCCUUUAGCGCCCAUCCCGCCUUCUUGUGCGAGGGGUGGGGGGGCGGAAAGUCAGAGACGAUCGACACGACACGUCCGGCUGCGCGCCUUCAAAAGUGACUGUGUUGAGCAUGUGUGUUUGUGUGUGUACGCUUGUAACAGUGUGAUGUCAUCUUUCAAUGAAACCGCCCACCCCACCAGCACACGCGCCUCCCUCACCCCGGCAGAGGAAAACAACUGCUCGUCCAUUUGCUGCUUGUGCGCGUGUUGUCCCGUGCUCGCUUUCUGCCUUGUUAACUCUCUUGAGGGUUGCUAUAUUACACACACACACGCAUUGUCACACACAUUCAGUCUUUGCCUGUUGGCACACGCACACAGUAAAAGUUGUGUAUCCAUCAAUCUGGAUGUCAUGUUUGCAACACCAUCAAAUAAAAAAUGUAAAUAGA